AUGGUACAGGGCAAGACUUGGAUCCUUCCUCCCCGGAACGUGGGCGACGUGGGACAUGUGCUUGCCAAUCGUUGCCUAUCGGACCCAAGGAUUUUCAUCGUCGUCUCGUUGUUUACAUUCCUCGCCCCCUCCCAAGGAGCAGCACGCAGUUCGUUGGCGCUGGAGAAGUCACUUGCUGGCCGCCACCCCCCUCCUCGGCAUCCAAGCCAUCGCUCCGCCCUCCCGCCACGGCCUCGAUGCGGCUUACUAUCCGCUGACCGAUAG